AUGUCUGAGCUAGAUGACCGUUAUGUAUACCGUGGCGUAUGGUUGGACCAGACUGGUGGAUCGACCAUGGGACGCACGAUAACCGUGGACACAAACACAUCUGUUAUCAUCGUGGCACUGCUAGCGAUUAUGUCAACCAUCGGCGCAACACACUUAUGGAGCUUGCUACUUUUCUCGUUCCACCAGCAGCGAGCAUCCGGCGGGUCCAAGGAUGCUCUGUUCCAGCAACAGCAAGCGCUUUUACGAACCAUGCCUGCGCCCGGCAAUUUUGUGACGGAAAUGAUCAAACUUUGGUGGAGCUGGAGACGUAAAGGCCGUGUGCUUCUUCGGUGUCUAUUGCCGGCUCUUUUUUCACUUCUGUUUGCGGCUAGUACGCUCACUGCAAGUGUAUUCUCGUCUGCUAUUGUCUCAAGCUCCGACAUCCAAGUCCUCGUUGAUAGUCCUUUCUGUGGAUUCCGAAAUGCCACACGCUAUCUAAACGAACAUGGCUCGUUCGAAAACGAUUACGUUUCUACGUACGAAAGCAUCGGAGAAACCUACGCAUUGGACUGCUAUAUCAAGUCCGAUACUUCACGAAGCCGGUGCAACAACAUCUUCGUCAAGCCACGCAUACCGGUCACCAUCGAGGAGGCCGAAUGCCCGUUCUCAGCCAAAAUCUGUGCUACGAAGAACUUCUCCGCUAUUGUCAUGGAUUCUGGUCUCUUGGAUAUGAACGAGCAUUUUGGUUUCAACCUCGGCGUAAACGACGGCGUCAAGUUCCGGCGGCGCACUACGUGCUCAGUUUUACCUCCAGAUGGCUAUCUCACUAUAAUAAACUCUUCCGAUCUAUCUCGUGAGGACAAGCUACUUUAUUUAUCCCAGCCGCGCUACGACUUCUCCGAAGAACAAUUCGAGGCAACCCUCUAUGGAGGGUUUGUAAGCGGCAAUGGUACGAAAUGGUUCAAUGCUACCAGUAAGCUAGACCAGGCUACAGAGAUACGCAGUCUGCUGUACACGAAUUCGACCAGAAAUUACAGAGCUGACGGAUGGAUGAAGCUUGGGAGCGAUCCUUUUCCUUGCACAGAUGACGACUACUGCUGGACACCCGUUCCAGAGAUUUCGCAAAAGGAAUCUGAUCUCGUGCUUAUGGUUGUAACUAUUGGACAGAUUAGAUAUCAGCAGCCAGUAGAAGACCCGUUGUUCGCUGCCCAUACUGUUUACAACUUCACAACCGGUAAGAACACCAGCUUCAAACGAGAACAAAAACUCACCAUAGCUACAGUAUCAGAUGAUCAAUGGAAGAUAGAAGCGAUCUCCCAGGACUCCAAAGUAUGGGCGGUGCUACAGAUAUUGCUAGCGGACUAUGCCAUCGGUGCCCAAGCCACAGAGCCGCAUGCAUACGAAUAUGUUGACAAGCCGGCUACAGCGGCUGAACAAUCACUGUGCCAUGCUAUGAGGAUGAAAAAGUCCGGUGGUUUCGCGUAA